ACGAAUACACAACACGCGCACCAUGGGCUUGCGAAGACCGUCGAGGGAGAGGACCACCUCGUAAACAGGCCUGCACCUGGUAUCUCCUACUUCACACCGCUUCAAAACCCUCGCGCAGGAACGGCCCUGGGCAUGAAGGAUGGCAGCGAAAAAAUCCCUAAGAUCUUCAAGCCGCUCAAGAUCCGCGGUCUUCAGCUUCAGAACCGCAUCUUUGUCUCUCCUCUCUGCCAAUACUCCGCCGAUAACGGACACAUGACAGACUGGCAUCUCACCCAUAUCGGGGGCAUUGUUCAACGUGGGCCCGGUCUUACAUUUAUUGAAGCUUCCGCCGUUGUUCCCGAAGGUCGCAUAACUCCUCAGGACGUCGGUAUUUGGCAAGAUUCCCAGAUCGAGCCGAUGCGUCGCGUUGUUGAGUUCGCCCACUCUCAGAACCAGCGGAUCGCCAUCCAGCUCGCACACGCGGGCCGAAAAGCUAGCACCGUUGCACCAUGGCUCAGCAUGGGCGACAUCGCCACAGAGUCAAUGGGUGGCUGGCCUAGUAACGUGUAUGGACCUAGUCCCAUCGCGUUCAACGACAAGCACGCGCAGCCCAAGGAAAUGACCAGGCAGGACAUCGAGAGCUUCAAGGCUGCUUUCAAGGCCGCUAUUGGACGUUCGCUGAAGGCCGGAUUUGAUGCCAUUGAGAUCCACAAUGCUCACGGCUAUCUCCUGCACUCUUUCCUUUCGCCUGCAUCCAACCACCGCACCGACGAGUACGGCGGCUCCUUCGAGAACCGCAUCCGACUCACAAUCGAGGUCGUGGAGCUUGCCCGAGCCGCUAUCCCAGAUACCAUGCCUCUCUUCCUCCGAAUCAGCGCCGAUGACUGGCUGCAAGAGGCCGGAAUUGAGGGCUGGACCAUCGAUCAAACCGUCCGCCUCGCCGAGAUUCUGGCCACCAAGGGUGUCGAUGUGAUAGACGUCUCCUCGGCUGGUCUCCACGAGAAGCAGAAGAUCAAGGGCGGCCCAGGAUACCAGGAGCCGUUCGCCAAGGCAAUCAAGGACAAAGUUGGCGACAAGUUGCUCGUAUCCACCGUUGGAUCGAUCACGAAUGGCGAGCAGGCAAAUGGAUACCUCGAGAAGGACAAUCUGGAUGUUGUCUUCGCUGGACGAAUGUUCCAGAAGAACCCCGGACUUGUCUGGGCAUGGGCAGAUGACCUCGGCGUGGAGGGCAGAUGGGCCAACCAGAUUCGAUGGGGUUUUGGAGGACGAGGAUCUAAG